ACUUAAUGAGAAUACUCUCCUCAAGGAGAUUUACACAAUUCUACAUGGUAUCACAGCCAUAGAGUCUCUUUCUCUUCCUAUUCUCUUUUCUUUCCUGGAAAUCCAAGGGUCCUGCCCUUUUCUUCUUCCCUAGCUGCUACCAUGGCCGGUGAUGAUGACGUCCCACCACCUCCACCUCCUCUCUCCUCUCACUUUCAUCCUACCAUGGCUGUCAACAAUAUCAAGAACGUUAUCCCCCUUGUUCUUGAUAACGAGGAAGCCCAAUAUUCCUCUUGGGUCGAGUUAAAAAUGCUUGGCGAUUAACUAGGAAAUGUCGACAAUCCCGUCUCGGACAAAAAGAUGGUUCUCCAAUUGAUCAAGGGUUUACCCAAGGGCGAAUAUGACACCUUAGCCACCAUGACUCAACAGUCGGACCCUCUCCCGAGCUUCAACAAAGUCCGAUCACAAUUUUUUCUUGAGGAAACAAGGCGGGCAAAACAAGAGGAGUCCAACCCGCAAGCUUUGGUUGCCCAACAACCUCCGGCCACCUCAUUACACCACUUGUCGCCACAGCAGCAACCGGAUUCCCAAUCCCGCAGUGAGGGUCGUGAUGGUCGUGGCAAAGGCCGCAACAAUUGGAAAGGGGGAAAGGGUCGAGGUCGUGGUGGUCGCUCCAACUCCCAAGGGUACAAUAAUCAGCAAAAAAAAUGCCCAAUGCCAACAAGCUCCUCAAUGGGCCGACCCACAAUAUUGGCAACAACCAUAUUACUAACAACAUCAGCAAUGGGCUUCCCUCCCUGCCCAUAUCCUACCGGGCCACCCAACACCUCAAGCCCACGUCCUCAGCAAGGUAUUUUGGGCUCCAGACCAUCUCAGCAAGCCUUCUUUGCUCCUAUGAAGCAACAACAACAUUCUUAUGGCCCUCUUAUGUCGCCCACUGAUCUCGGUCAAGCAUAUAGCACCAUGAGCAUCCAACCCCCGGAUAGUGGUUGUUAUAUGGACACAGGCGCAUCCUCCCACCUCACUCGUAACUCGGGAUCUAUGUACGGAGAAAACUCUAGCGAGAUGCAAUAGUGUGGGGGAUCUCUAUCCUUUUUCUCCAACUUCCGCUUCAGGCUCUCAUCAUCCAAUCUCCUUCGCUGCUAUCUCUCCUUCAAUUUGGCAUAACCGUUUGGGACAUCCAAAAGCUCUAGUUUUUAAUUUUCUUAAAAAUGCCAAUUUGAUUAAAUGUAAUAAAGGGGUCAAUACCCAAUUUUGCUACUCUUGUCCUUUGGGGAAACAUGUUAGACUCCCUUUUAAGACUUCUUAUAGUAUUACUUUGUCUCCUUUUGA